GCCCGCCUGCCUUUUGUUUUGUUUUGGCUGCGGGAGACAGGCGGAGGUCCUCCCGGCCCGCGGCACCGCUCGCUACAUGGGGAGAGCCAAGCUGGGGAUGGAAGAUGACGGCCCGGGAGCCGACGCCUGUAAAAUGCCCGGUUUAAUCAGCAGUUUGGAGGAAGGGAGGGCGAGACUGUCCCGCAGUCUGCCGACACAAACUUCCUUCACGGACGGUAAAGUUGAGCGACCGGUCGGACACCUGAGGUCCGGCUCCCGGUUAGCGCCGGACCGGGAGCCGGAGAAGGGGAGCAGCCCCGAGGACGAGGAGGGGGAGGAGGGGGAGAGAGAGGAAGACGAAGAGGAGGAGGAGGAGGAGGCGGCGGAGGAGGAGGAGAGGGAUGCGGAGGGCAACAACAACAACAACUGCAACAGCGGAGGGAGAGCGGGGCGGAGGGCGAGCGCUGCCGAGAUUCUGAGGAGGAAUUUCGGGGAUCUGAGGUCUCCGUGUCUCCGCGCACACACCGGCGGUCGGAUGCAGUGCGGCACCGAGCACGAAACCCGCACAGGAAGCGAUAACGCCGACGCCAGUAACGAACAUGGAAGUGAAUGUGGCGAGUGUAAAAAGUCGGACGGAGAAACGGCGGACGCCGGUGCGCAAAACGAGCCAACCUCGAGCGAGUUAGCCACUUCGGAUGUUGAAGGAGUUGUUGAAUAUUUAAAGGUUGUCGGCCCUAAAUGUGACAGCGAGGCCGGCAGGGGCACUCCGGACGGCUCUGUCAGCGCCAAGGAGCACAUCUACUGCACCGUUUACUGCAUCGCCAACGACGGUCACCUGAGCGAGGCUCAAAUCCCGGACCGGCGCGAUGAGGCGGUGACGAGCGACGCCGCGGAAAUGGACUCGUCCUCGGGACGAGGCGCGGGUUCGAGUCCCGAGCCGACCCUGUACACGGUGGACGACCUGGUGGAUCCGUUCGGGGAUCUGUCCUAUCGGCUGUACAGCGAGCUGAGCGGGACGGACGCCGCGGUGCGGAGUUGCCGGGUGUGCCUGGAGGAGACAGCCAUCGCAUCCCUGUCCUGCUGCAGGAAGGCCGUGUGCGAUGGGUGUUUGAAGCUCUACGUCAGCUCCCAGGUGCGGAUGGGUAAAGUAUACAUCAGCUGCCCGAUCCCGGAGUGCAACGGCAACCUGGAGGAGGGAGUGGUGAUCGCUCAUUUAGCCAAAGAGAACGUGGCGAAAUACCAAUACUUUUUGGAGCUGAGUCAGCUGGAUUCGAGCACCAAGCCCUGCCCACACUGCAGUCAUUUCACGUCUCUGAAAGCACAUAACCCAAACCGCUCCGAGCACAAGUACAAGAUCCAGUGUAGCAAUUGCCAGUUCGUGUGGUGCUUUAAAUGCCACGCGCCCUGGCACAAUGGGAUCAAAUGCCGCGACUACAGGAAAGGAGAUAAGCUGCUACGGACCUGGGCGAGUGUCAUCGAGGACGGACAGAGAAACGCCCAGAAAUGCCCUCAGUGCAAGAUCCAUAUCCAGCGUACGGAGGGAUGCGAUCACAUGACCUGCGCGCAGUGUAACACCAACUUCUGUUACCGCUGUGGAGAGCGCUACCGACACCUACGAUUUUUCGGGGACCAUACAUCGAACCUCAGCGUGUUCGGCUGCAAGUAUCGCUAUCUCCCCGACAAACCUCAUCUGAGGCGGCUGGUUCGAGGGUCUGUCUGCGCCACCAAAGUGCUGAUCGCCCCAGUGGUCAUUCUUCUGGUGGUGGUGCUGGGAGCUCUGGCCUUGGUGAUAGGAUUGGUUGUGUUCCCGGUUUACUACGUGUUCAAGAGGAGAAAGAAGCAGCACACCCGCGGCUCGGGACGGUGGAUUUGAUACUCUUCCCAACCUGCAUCCACAUCGCACGGUCACAGUUUGUGGGGGGAAAAAAAAAAAAAAAAGCGAGGUCCCGCUUCUUCUCAGGGACGGACGUGCCAGCCCGAGUGCUUACAGAACUCCGACACAAAGCACCGCAUUAUGAUCACUGGCAAGUUUUGAGGACGUUUCAGGUAAAAGGAAGCGAAGAAACGCACGGAAAGAGGCCGGAUUGUUGCACAACAUCACAUCCUGAUUAUUUAUUUCUCACAGGGUUAUUCCUGAAAGGAUGCUAGUCGUUUUGGCCAAAAAAGGAACGAGGACCGUUAAAGUUAGGUUAAACUUCCUGGACAGUGAAUGUAUGAAGCCUCUUAAAUCUGAAAUAGAUUCAGCUCUCGCCUGUAGAGAGGGCUUUCUUACUGCCCAACGCCUGCUGUGGACCCGCCGGAGGACAUUUCAGCAGCGCACGUUUGCCGUUUUUCACCACUUUUGCUGCACAUUUAUUCGUAACUGUUAUUCAGGAGAACAAAUCCGAACGCAGGUUACCGUCACGUGCGGUUUACAGCCCGUGACGAUGUUUUAUAAGAACUAGCCGAGAGCGCCGGGUUAGCAGUUCUGAUGCAUUGAUGUUAUGAGCUGGAGGAAGGUUCUGGGUCGUGGAAACUCCGAAGUGGCUGCAGAGUGAGCUUGACAAUGAAAGUGAGGACUGUUAGAUGGAAAACAAAUUUGGAACAAGCCAUGUUGGUGCAGCGUCAUCCUUGCUCAUCCUGUUGUGGUGGAAGCUCGGCUUUAUGCUGGAUGUGGAGAGUUUCCAUUGCAACUGGAGUCAUUUCCGAGCGCGCUCUGCAGAUCAUGCGAAAGGAAGGCUGAUACUUGACUACUACUCUCUCCUAACCUGGACGGCUCUGCCUGAUCUGAGAUUCGUGCUUGAAGGUUUAAAAACUGGGUGUGUGCGCAACUCCGAACAGGAACAAACAGAUCACACACACACACAUCCUCCUUAACAAACUGAAAGCACUUUGACCAAGCCUCGUCCUUCCUCGCUCCCCUCUUUCGGCCGACUCUCGCACAACCCUCCCCACAAUGCAUCUGGCCACUGCUGUGCCCACGUUACUGUUUGCCAGUAUCUGCAUCAUCAAAAAAAAGCUACCGUGCCAAAACAAAACGCUGAGCGUGGUGGGACGGAGGGAUGACUCUGUCCCUCUGUUGAUUUUUUGUUGUUGUUUUUCUUUUUUGUUUUGUUUUUUUUAAGGGUUGACUCUGGCAGAGGUUUCAAACACACAGGCUGUAAAAUUAGAAAAUAGAUGGUUGAAAACACUUCAGAACAACCAGAAAUGCUUUUAAGGGUAUGAGAAAACAAAAAAGACAACUUCUUUAUUCUUUUCCUUUUGCAGCCUGGACGGUGGUUCAGCAAAGAACUAAACAGGGUGUUUUUUGGUUUGUGUUUUCCAUUCAGAUCAGUUUGCUGAGCACUGAUUACAUGGUUUAUUAUAUUUGUUUCUGGAUUGAUAGUUGAUCAGGUUUUGCAGGAGCUGGUGCAGAGAGGAGCUUCGAUGCCGCUCUCUGACAGUUUUUGGAUGGUCACGGUGGUUUAUAUCGCGUCUCGUCUGGAUCCAUUCUAACUGGCACAUGAGAAGGAACACACACACACACACAUACACACACACACACACGGAGUGCUGCCAGGAAGCGGGAGAUUUUCAAGAGCUUUAAAGGUCGCCACCUGGCAGCCGUCAGCCGGCUGUCCUUCACUUAUCCUUCUCUCCUCCCCGCUGUCAUUGUUUCACUUAUCGCGGCCGCUCUCUGAUUGUCCCCUCACAUCCUCCGUCCGUCCUGCUCUCAGAGCCGCGACUGGACUCUGACCUCGGCUGUGAGCGCCGAUGAUUACCGGCACAGAAACCUCCGUGCAGGAGAGCCGGGAUACACACUCGCUGCAGCUGCAGCCACAGAAAAGCACUCAAACGGAUGCUUUUGACCUCCUGAUUGACAAAAAAAUAGCGCAGAGCUGCCUGCUGUGCACGCCACAAGGUCAGAGACAAGAGCCUCCUUCGUCACUCACACAAUUUUUUGUGUGUUUAUCUGAUUGGUCUUUGAUUUGUUUCAGGGUGUUUUUUUUUUUUUUUUUGUCAAUGUAACGGUCCUUCUUAGAGGUCAACAGAAAACGUGAAAGAUAGGCACGAUUGACAAAUCGAUCCGUGCAAAGACGAUGCAGUAAGGAAACAUAUAGGAUGACAGUGCAGCUGAGCACUGAUGUUCCCAUUAGUGAAGAUAUGCAGUUCUGUUUUUGGGUGAAUAUUAAAGCACAUUUUCAUCACAGAAUCUUCUUUGACGGACUGAAGGUAAGAAGCAAGAGUCAUCUUGAAGUUUCUAUAUGAUAACGCGGUAGCGGGUGAAUACACAGUCAGACUUUUCGCGCUGCGUUACGACAGAAAGCAUCUUGUGAGAGUCUGAUUCCAGCAGUCACGAGAGCUCUUAACUCUGGGUUUGAGUCCACCCUCAGGGAAUUUGAUUUCACUGAACUCAGCGCUGUGCCACUGAAGUCACUUGAACAGCAUAAUAGUUUUGUUUUUUCUUUCUUUCUUUCUUUCUUUCUUUUCGAUGCUUCCUGAUGAGUUUUCCUGGAGCUGCCCCAGUUAACAUUUCCAGUUCCAGGAAGUUGAAACACUGUAGUGUUAAAAGAGGUCAAAGUGUCAUCGUGUUGCCGGCGCUGUGCUGGCGAAACGAAAACACAAGUAAACAUGUGCCAGCACAAAUAAAUGUGUAACACUGAAACACAGCUGUCCCCUGGUAACCUCUGCAGACUUUCCGCCGUUUGACCCUCAGCUUUUCUUUUCCUUUUUUUUUUUUGUUCGAUUGCUGAAUGAGUGACGGUGAAAAGGAUGUUAGUUUUUAUUAUUAUCUUUACCUGGAGCUUUACUUCCUGUUUCUUUCAAGAACAGGUAUUUUCAACUGUUUCCGUCACAUUUGCUGCACCAGUUGACCUGUGUGUGUUUGAUUGAUCGGGUUGAUUGAUUGAGUUAAAGUUGCCAGUUAAUUAGCAAAUGGAACAAUUUGGACAAACAAGCAGUUCUUUGGGUUUUGGUUUACAGACUGAUUUUUUUUUUCUUUCCAGACAUUGUGGUGUGUGACUCAGUGUUGCCUGGUUAUAUACUUAAAUCAACUUGCAGUAUAAGAUGGUGCUUGCCCCUCGCAAUAGUCUUUUUUUUUCCCCCACUUCUUACACAAGUGUGUAUAAACGCAUACUUGUGUGACAUUCAGAAGCCAUGUUAAAGCCCAUCAGUGCUUUGUUUUUGUGUUGUGUUUUUAUAACAAAAAAAAAUCUGUUUGGAUGAAGUUUCAUAAGUGUUGAAAUUUUACCAGUGAUUGAGUGAUAUGAGUUCUUUUGGCCAACGGUUUUUGCUCUUCCCAGAUGUGUCGGCUGGCUGAUACUUCUGGAUUUGUUUCUUUCUACUACAAUCAGAGUGAUAAUGAUGUGAAAAUGUUGCCUGCGCAGUGAUUGUGGACCAGAUUAGUAACUUCUGAAGCUGGGGUGCAGUCUGUCACAGCUUCGGUGCCGUUUUGCAUUAUGUGGUAGAACAACUACUGAAACAGCUAAUUCCUCGCAGCGAUAAAGGCCCCAUGUGAAGGAAGGUGUGUGAGUGGAAUUGCUGUUAAUGGACGUCUCACCCAAACACAGAGAAUAUGCAGUGCAUCCGUGUGGUUUGGGGGCAAAACUUUUGUUUUGUAUGUUGAAUUUUAACUUUAGUACCACAAUCCAGGGUGUCGGGCGGCUUAAUCCAAAUCACUCUUGUACUUUUUUGCACAAGUUAAACUGUCACUUUACUUUGGUUCAUAUAAACCUCGCUCUCUGGAUCGGGAUGAAGAAGCAGUCGCAUCGUGAGCCCUGCUUCCAGCGUCAAAUGGACAUCACGAGGCCGACGCGGACUCUCAGAGAAACAGAGGAUUAUACCAAAAAGAUGUGUCUUUUUCAGCAAAUGAAGUGUCUGGUCAAAGAAGAAACAUUACAGGUUCAUUUUAACUCAGGAGACCUGAAUGUUGAUGUUUCACUAUAUGAUGUAUUGUGAAUAACAUCUGGAUGGACCACAUGUUGGAACCACAGCAGCAUAUUUAUUUGUAAUACACUGCUUAAGAAGAAUAUUUCUGGUCAAAAAGAUUUGAUUAGUAUUCUCCUUGUUUGCACCAGGAGCCCAUUGUUCCACCUGCUGCCACUGUCAGAAAUAUCUGCUGUUAUUAUUAUUAUUGCUCACUUAACCAGGUACACUGUUUUCAUCCGAGAAUUUAAUGGAUAAUAAACUAAAUUCCAAAUGAA